AUGAUCAUCCAUCGAGAUAUAAAGGCUGGACAUGUAUUCUUAGACCAAGACUAUGUUGCAAAGCUGUCUGAGUUCCGAACCUCAGUGCCAAUUCCGUUGGGUAAAACUCAUGUGGAUGUUGAAGUAAUUACUGGGACUCAUAGCUGCCUGCCUCCUGAAUAUGCUAUAUCGGGACGUACUUCAGAAAAGAGUGAUGUCCAUAGCUUCGGAAUUCUGUUAUGUGAGAUCUUCGCAGGAAAGAGAUGGGAUAGUUUACUAAUUUGGUUUAUGGAGAAUUCUAACAAAGGCAGUUCAAGCUCAUAUAACGAGCUAGAGUUUAGACAGUUAGCAAAUCUUUUCAAAACCUACUUAGAGGCCAAUGUCUUGGAAGAAGAAAACAAGAAGCAAGUAGUGGAAUGUGCUAAGCUCAUAGAGAGAUGUCUCAAAACAAAUCCGGAUGACAGGCCCAUCAUGACAGAGGUAGCACAAUCACUCAGAUUGAUCAAAAGCUUAUAA